UUGAGCCGGCUCCCAUCAAACGCCUUCAACAAGUCCUCCGGCAGCGUCAUUGGCAACGGCGACACCAUAGUGCUGCCGAGCGCGCCCGCCACAGUAUUCGAACACGAGGCGGAGCUUGGCCUGGUCAUCGGCAAACGCGCCAGCGCCGUCAGGGCGGAGGACGCCUACGACUACGUAUUCGGAUACGUCAACUUCAUGGACGUGUCCUGCCGGGGCAUAGGCCCCGCAGGCCGCGACAGCUUCUUCAUCGGCAAGUCGUGGGACACCUUCGGCCCCAUGGGCCCAGCGCUGGUCACAGCCGACGAGGUGGCUGACCCGCUUAACCUGCCCGUGCGCCUGAGCGUUCAGGGCGAGCUGCGCCAGGACUACAGCACCCGCAGCAUGGGCCACAAAAUCCCGGAGCUACUGGAGUGGAUAACGUGGAUUACGGCGCUUGAGCCGGGCGACGUGGUGGCGUGCGGAACGCACCACCUUGGCCUUGGGCCGCUACAGGACGGCGACGUGGUGGAGAUGGAGAUCGCAGAGUUCGGCAAGCUCACGGUCAACGUCACCGACGCCUUGAAGCGCUCGUGGCCGCGGGAGACGAGGGCGCAGCGCGAGGCGCGGGAGGCCGCCGGCUAA